CGAGUGUAUAAAUAGCAGAUGUUUGGGUCUUCCCCAUUCAGGCAGGAGUAUAUAUAUAUAUACACAUAGAUUCAUCAAACUUGUUUGGGAAGUUCUGUAAUUAAGAGCAGCCAUGGGGUUUGGAGAGGCAAUUAUGCAGGGAGGAGUCAAGAAGGCCAACACUGGAAAAGCCUCAAUCAUGGCUAUAGGCAAGGCCUUCCCUCACCAGCUUGUAAUGCAAGAAUUUCUGGUUGAUGGGUAUUUCAAGAACACCAACUGUGAUGAUCCAGCCCUCAGGCAGAAGCUCACUCGACUCUGCAAGACAACGACAGUGAAAACGAGAUAUGUGGUCAUGUCUGAAGAGAUCCUAAACAAGUAUCCAGAGCUCGCCAUUGAAGGACUUCCCACGGUGAAGCAGCGUUUGGACAUCUGCAACUCAGCUGUUACCCAAAUGGCAUUAGAAGCCUCGCGGGUUUGCAUCGAGAAAUGGGGCAGGUCCACGUCGGAGAUCACCCACCUGGUUUAUGUUUCAUCGAGUGAAGCCCGGCUGCCCGGAGGCGACCUUUACCUGGCGAAAGGCCUCGGGCUGUGCCCGGACACCCAACGGGUCAUGCUCUACUUCUCCGGCUGCUCCGGUGGGGUUGCCGGCCUUCGUGUUGCGAAGGACAUUGCAGAGAACAAUCCAGGCAGCAGAGUCCUACUUGCCACGUCAGAAACAACCAUUAUUGGGUUCAAACCCCCGAGCGUAGACCGCCCUUACGACUUGGUAGGGGUGGCUCUUUUUGGUGAUGGGGCUGGAGCCAUGAUUAUCGGGUCAGACCCGGUUCAAGAAACAGAAAGGCCUCUCUUUGAACUUCACACAGCUAUACAGCACUUUGUCCCAAACACAGAAAAGAUCAUUGAUGGAAGGCUUACUGAAGAAGGCAUAAGCUUUAAGCUGGAAAGGGAGCUUCCCCAGAUAAUAGAAGAUAACAUUGGGGAGUUCUGUGAGAAGCUGAUCGGGGUCGCAGGGUACACUCCGGAGGACUACAACAAGCUGUUUUGGGCAGUCCAUCCUGGUGGGCCCGCGAUCCUUAACAGGCUCGAGAAGAAGUUUGAACUUUUGCCAGAGAAGCUCAGCGCGAGCCGGCGAGCUUUGGCUGAUUAUGGGAAUGCCAGCAGUAACACUAUCGUGUAUGUUCUGGAGUACAUGUUGGAGGAGAAGAACAAGAAAAAUCAACCAGAAGAAGAAGAAGCAGAUUGGGGGUUGAUACUGGCUUUUGGUCCUGGAAUCACUUUUGAGGGCAUCCUUACUAGGAAACUCACUGCCUGAAAGUUAACCUAAGAGCUUAUAAAAAAGAGCAUGGAGCUUA